AUGUCGGGCUUCGGUGACUUCAGGUCCAUUUGCGAAAACGCGCCCCUACCGCUCUGCGCCAAUGUCGGCCCCGUACUGUCGGCCUCGGGCCGCGUGGGCAUCGAGCCAGACUGCUACGCACGCAACAUCGAGCUGGCCAACACAAUCAUCUUCGAGGGCGCCGCGUCGGCCAUGCACAUUGCGGCCCUCGUCAUGACCGUCGUCAUGAUCCUCCACGUUCGUAGCAAGUUCACGGCUGUGGGCCGCAAGGAGAUCCUCACCUUCUUCUACAUCUACAUGUUGACCACUUUUGUCUCCCUCGUCGUCGAUGCCGGCGCCGUGCCCCCCGGCAGCGGGCCCUAUCCCUACUUUGUCAGCAUCCAGAACGGCUUCAGCAGCGCCCUCAUGACGUGCCUGCUCAUCAACGGCUUCGUUGGCUUCCAGCUGUACGAGGACGGCACCCCGCUGUCCGUCUGGCUGCUGCGCCUAUGCUCCCUCGCCGCCUUCGCCAUCACCUUUCUCGUCUCGCUCGCCACCUUCAAGAGCUGGGCCGGCCUGGGCCCGACGAAUACCGUCGGUCUCUUUGUUGUCCUGUACCUGCUCAACGCUAUCCAGCUCUUCAUCUACGUCGGCAUGCAGAUUCUGCUGGUGACGAGGACGCUCCACGACCGCUGGCCGCUUGGCGACAUUGCCUUUGGCAUCCUUUUCUUCGUUACCGGCCAAGUCAUCCUCUACGCGUUUAGUGCCAGCAUCUGCAUCGCCGUGAGCCACUAUCUCGACGGCCUCUUCUUUGCGACCGUGUGCAACCUAUUGGCCGUCAUGAUGGUGUACAAAUACUGGGAUUCCAUCACGAGAGAGGACCUCGAGUUUUCCGUGGGCACGAGGAUGAACAACUGGGAAGUCAAGGAGCUGCUGCCCGAAGACGAGCGCCGGGCUACGGUGUACGCGGACGAUCCGUACGGGCACUCGAGCGCCUACGACGUGCCGUAUCCGACAACGGCGCAACGAUACUCGGUCAAAUACUAA